AUGGGCCUUCCUAACGGUAAACCCAUGGAAACAAACUGGCUGGACAGGGUCCUUUGCCACGUCAUCAGAAACUGCGUGGACCAGCUAGCGCGAGUGAAGAGGGAUGUGUUUGCAGAGGCACGGUACAUCGAAAUGGUGCUGGUUGCAGACAAUGCCGAGUACCAGAAAUUCGGCGAAAAUAAACAGAAAAUGGUGGACCGGCUGCUCAAUAUCGUUAACACUGCCGACCUGGUGAGAUACUACAGAACAUUCUUCAACAUCCGCAUCGCUCUGGUUGGGGCCGAGGUGUGGACCUAUGACCAGGUCAAGAUAGAUCACAAGGCUAUGAUAAUGCAGACACGUUUCCUACGUUGGAGAGAGAAAGUCUUACUCCCACGACUCUACAAUGACAACGCCCACCUCAUCUUAGGGGGCUAUUUUAUUGACGGAGUCGCUGGGCUGGCAUCAUUUGGGAGCAUGUGUUCUGCCAAACUAUCUGGAGGCGUCAACCUGGACACUGAUUACAACAUUCUGGGAGUCUCUGCAACGCUUUCCCACGAGCUCGGACACAAUCUUGGAUUGUCUCACGACAGUGAACAGCGGAAAUGUAAAUGCCCGUACCCGAAGGCUAACUGCAUCAUGCAACCUGAACUGAGCACACCAUUCCCAUCAAAAUUCAGCAGCUGCAGCCGGACCGAUAUGAUGAAAAGCCUGCAGCAGGGUGGAGGACAUUGUCUCUACAACAUUCCCAUAAUGGAUAACCUGGUCGGAGGCCCAAAGUGUGGGAACAUGUACUUGGAGAAGGGCGAACAGUGUGACUGUGGCAGUCCUGCGCAAUGUAAGGACCCCUGCUGUAAUCCGUCAUCUUGUAAACUCAAGCGUGGAGCAAAAUGUUCAUCUCUUGGUCCAUGCUGCAAGAAUUGCAAAUUCCUCCCAGCAGGCACGGUGUGUAGGCCCAGACGGGGAGAGUGCGACCUGCCCGAGUUCUGCACGGGAAGCUCCCAAGAUUGCCCCAACAAUCACUACAUGAAAGAUGGCUACACCUGCAGCAACGGGACUUUUUUCUGCAACCAGGGAUUCUGCCAGUCUGCAGACAAGCAAUGCCAGGAGAUCUGGGGCAACGAUGCCAAGUCCGCUGUGAAAAUUUGCUAUGAAGUUACAAAUACGGUAGGAUCCGAGUAUGGGCAUUGUGGUACGGACAAUGAUGGCAAAUACGUCAAAUGCAGUGCUGGAAAUAUAUUGUGUGGAAAACUCCAGUGUCAGGGUGGAUCAGUUUCAAAUCUGGGAUUCAACACAAAAGUGGUAACCAACAGCCUUAUGACUAAAGGUGGAACCAUUGUCUGCCGCACAGCACAUUCUUUCUUAAGUGAUGCCAGUAAUCCGAAUUUAAUACUAGAAGGCACCAAGUGUGCACCGAACAAGGCCUGUAUGGAACGCAAGUGCCAGGAUGAAGCGCAGUUCAAUAUCAAAAGCUGUCACGACACGUGCAACAACAAAGGGGUACGACACUGA